AUGGCUGAGGUACGGCACAUGCCCCUGUCUCUUUAUGCCACACCGCCAGAGCAGACGCCCUUCUUGUCGCCUACCAACGAAUAUCAUCUCUGUCAGCAGUGGCCUAGGUGGGACUACCAAAUAUCUGAGCCAGUGUUCUCCCCGGGCAACUCUGCAGGAUCAAUGAGCUCCAUGCAAUGGGAGGCAGAACAACAGAGUCAUCCGUCGUUCGAGGCGACCAGAUCGGCUGCAGAUUAUCCAACUGCCAGCUGGGCGUCGCAGCCUGAGAACUGGUCUCCGUACCACCACCAGCAGCAGCAGCACAUUCAGCCGCCGCAAGCUACCACAACGAAGAAGAAACCAACCAAGCCUGGCAGAAAACCAGCGGAACCGCGUCUCUUGCCGACGGCCCAGCACCGCUCCAAGAAGGCGCGAGUCGGAGCCGGCAGCGAACCCUCGCCCGCCAACUCCUUGUCGUAUGACGAGAACGGGGAAGGAGCAGACGAGGACGACGAGGGCGAAGACAGCGACGCAUCGCUGGCACCGCCAGGGCGGGACAGGAAGAAGACAUAUCGCGUCAAGAAUCGAGCGGCUGCCAAGCGUUGCCGUGAGAAGACGAAGCAAUACGAGAUCGAUCUGGCCAACAAGGAAAAACAAGUCACACAGGAGCGCAUGUACCUAGACGCCUGUGUGACGGCACUCAAGAACGAGGUGCUUACCCUGAAGAACCAGAUUCUCCAGCAUGGCAGCUGCGACUGCGAAAUGAUCCAGGGAUAUAUUGCCAGGACUGCUAGCACUGUCAGCGUUGCAGGGCACGACGCCUCUGCGAAGCCGCGCUCAUCUGUAUGA